AUGCCGUCUGUCAGCAACGCUGGCGCAGAUGGCGACGCUGGAAAGCAGCAAAAUCAGUCAAUUGCGGCCAACAAUUCGAACAAUGGGCACAACACCGUGGAUUUGGGCGACAAGGCUGCAGAUGAUGGCGCUUCGAUCCUUGACAGUAUGUCACAAAAGAAAGCACCUUGGGACGCAGAGCAGCCGCACCUUCAGAACAUCGCCGACCUGAAGAAACACUUCGCCAAUGAAGAGUCUGCUAUUGCCGAGCAGCUAUAUUCGAUCGAAGAAAGCCGCAUCGAGGUUCGCWAUCACAUAAGAUUCUUCCAAGCUCAGAUGUUCGGCCUAGCUAGUCGUCAGAGCGAGAUGGAACUUAAAUUGAAGGAGCUUAUGCGUAACGUUGCUGAGAAGAUCGACGCAGAGGAGGAAGAGAUCAUGACCAUCUUCAAACAGGAAGUCCUCUGA